UGGGACACUGGCUUAUAGUGUACAAUACCCUUUCAUCUCAUAGUCUCUUCAAUUCAGACUGCCAAAUGUGCUUAUGACAGCUAGGGUCUCUUAUUGCAAACUAACUUCCAUCCCUGGGCGGCAUGCACAAAUGCCCAGUCUCGUUCAGGAUAUGGCUAAGUGAAAUGACUAGCAGAUACGUGUAUAUGUAUAACGUUAAACAACACCUUAGUAUACAUGAUCUACCUCUGUACAUCUCUCCCCCACCAUGGCGUACUGCUCUGUCAGUGACUUCUAUGCCGGCAAGACGUUGAUGAUCACUGGUGCCACUGGCUUCAUUGGCAAGGUGCUGUUAGAGAAACUCCUUCGGUGCUGCCCAGACAUCAAGAAGAUUUUCCUUCUUAUCAGAACAAAGAAGGACAAGGGACCGGCUGCUCGUAUCAAAGAGAUAACUUCUGGCAUGAUGUUUGACAAAGUCAGGGAAGCGCAGCCAGACUUCCAGUUAAAACUUAUCCCGAUUGAGAGCGACCUCAUCGAACCUGACCUUGCCUUAAAAGAAGAAGACAUCAGAAUUCUUCAGGAGGAGACGGAGCUUGUGUUUCAUGUUGCAGCUACUGUCAGAUUUGAUGAAAAAAUGUUACUUUCUCUCCGAAUGAACGUGUUUGCCACCAGAAAGAUCUUGCAAAUGAGCAAAGGAAUGAAGAAAUUAUUGGUCUUUCAUCAUGUUUCAACAGCAUAUAGCAACUGUGACCAAUCCACAAUAGAAGAGAUUGUUUACCCCCCUCCUGUUGACCCAUACAAGAUCUUGGACGCUGCCGAAUGGAUGUCAGAAGACAUGAUGGAAGCAUUAACCCCCAUGCUGCUGGGCAAGAGACCAAACACAUACACCUUCACCAAGGCUCUUGCGGAGUAUGUCGUCAAAGAAGAGGGUAAGGGGUUACCAAUUUGCAUCACAAGGCCGUCCAUCGUUAUAGGCUCAUGGAAAGAACCAUAUCCUGGAUGGGUUGAUUCGCUAAUUGGUGGAACUGGACUGGUUGUUGCAGUUGGUAAGGGUUUGGUAAGUACAGUGCUCUGUGACCCAGAGGCCCUCGUUGACGCCUCCCCCGUUGAUUUUGUAGCGAACGCAAUGAUCGGUGCAACUUGGUAUACAGGGGUCAAUAAACCUGCCACAAUCUUAGUCUAUAACUUGGUCACCAGUCCUGUUAAUCCAAGCAAAGUGGGAUCACAUGUAGGAAUUAUCGCCAAUCUACUCAACAUAUUUCCCCUAGACAAGGCCUUUGGACGUCCAAGGUUUUAUUUCACUAAAUAUGAGAUUGUAUUUGAAUGCAUGAACAUGAUAUAUGGGAAGAUACCAGCUGUUUUCAUUGAUAGUGCAUUGAAGCUAACGGGACAGAAGCCUACCAUGGUGAAGAUAAACCAAAGAGUUGUAAGGAUGGUGUAUGCUCUGAAGUUCUUCCUCAUGCACACUUGGUCCUUUGGCUACAAGAAUGUAGAAGCUCUCUCAACUUCAAUGAGCAAGGAAGACAGAGAGGUAUUUUUCACCGACGUGAGACCGCUACAUUGGCCAUCAUACUUCCAUGACUACGUCCUUGGGGCAAGGAGAUUCCUCAUGAAGGAAGACCUGAAAAAUCUCCCUGCUGCACGCAGGCAUCUCAGAAUGUUGCGCAACCUCCGAUGGACCUUCAAUACCGUCCUCGCUGUCAUCAUUUGGCGUAUCCUCAUGACCCGGUCAAAGGUCGCCCGGAACGUACGGGACUUCAUUUUCAGGAUUGUCUUCAGAUUCCUUCAAUGUUGUCGCAUGCUUACCUCCUCCGUGGGUCGCUCUCAUUGAUCAAGUUGUGCCACCACUUCUAGUGUCUUCUUGUGGUGGCAGUUCAAUCAUGAUUUUGCAAUUGGAUUCAUCAGAUUUACUGGUAAUGCUUUUAGAUUUUCUUCAUAAUAGUCCCAUCUUGACUUUUUACACCUACAUGUAUCGGUAAAUUGCCAAUUCGUCUACUGCCAACUUGUCCACUAACCACAUGGUCUGCUUUGAUUUAGUCUAAUACCAUUCCGUCCAUCAACAUUUUGUCUAAACAACAAUGUGGUCCAAUAUCCAUUUGGUCCGAUCAACUCUUUGUCUAAUCACGAUUU